CGUUUUGUGGAACAAGAGCACCAGCGAACACGAGUGACGGGGACCGGAGCGGCAGCGUCAGUGGCCUCAAUGGAGUUUAGGCAUCGAAACUAUAGAGCUGAAGAAGAAGCCCAUGCACUCCCUCGCUCACGCGCCGUCACGCAUCCACUCUCCUCUCAAUCUUCACCUCUCCACAAGGUUGAGGUCGUGGAUGACGAGAAAAUCGAUUUCUAUGAUCCGCUUAGAGGGCCGAGUGCUGAUGCAAUUGAUGUGGAGGAUUUACAAAAUGACGCUUCAACCACAGGGCUAUCCAGUGCUGAUGCAAUUCAAGUUCAAGCAAAAGAAUGGACCUCUUUCAAGAGAUUGUUGAUGCAGAGGUUUUCUUCAUCCAAAAUGGUUUCAAUUGCAACAACAUCUGAUGUAAUAGUCAAAAGUGGCAAAGCAUAUCAGAAAUCAUCAAGUAUGCAUCUACAGGAGCUUGAUGAUCCACAGAAAUUUGCUGAAGAGGGUGUUAAGGUCAUCACAUGGCAGGAGUAUGUCUCUCGAUUACAUGAACUUAAAGAUGAAAUUAGUCGUGCCUGGCGUGCUGAAGAUCGUGUAACAUCGUUGAAGCUAUCCAUCAAGGUUGCUAGGCUUCUGAUGGACACAUCUGUUUUACAAUUUUAUCCUACACUGUUUGUUCUAGCUACAGAUGUAAUGGAUAUGCUGGGGGAUAUGGUUUGGGAGCGCAUCAAGCGGAAAGCUGAAUUUGCCGAAGAUGGAACCCCUAUCUGCUCUUUAUCAGAGAGCUUUGAGGCAAGCGAUAUUUGCCUCGAUGCCAAAGAAACUUGCAACAACUGGUUCUGCAAAAUUGGUUCCAUUCGAGAGCUUCUUCCACGCAUUUAUUUAGAGCUAGCAAUGUUGUCUUGCUGUCGUUUCUUGCAUGACCAACCCAUAAACAAUCUCAAUCGAUUGGUUAUGAUGACUAGAGGUGUAGCAGAUCCAUUGGCAUCUUCAUAUUGCCGUCUGUAUAUGGUGCAUUGUGCACAGAAAUUGCCCACAUGUGAUAGAGGAUACCUGAUAUCUUGCAUCAAUGACAUCAAAAUUUUAUUAAUGAGGAUGAUAUCAGAAAAAGAGGCCACACAUGGAAAUUCUUCAGCAAACAAAAGGUUGCUUGUCAGUUUGAUGGAACCAACCAUUGAAUAUAUUAUGAAAUGCAUAUUUAAGGAUGCAUCUCAGAGGCAAGUGGGUGACAUACUUGUGAAGCUUGGAUUAGGGAGAAAUGAAUCAGAAUUGUUUGGAAAAUUCCCAUUUGUUUCAAUUAUUCUCCAUCAUCUACUCAAGGAACUUCCAACUGAAGUAGUCAGUUCUAAUGCUACAGAGAUUCUUCAUCUCAUUGAGUCCUGCAAUGACUAUUCUUUUGAUCAGUGUUUAAAUUAUAGGUUGCUUGGAUUCAGACUGGGUGAAAGGGGAUCUCAAAUGGACAUGAUCAAUGCCAUUAUUGAUAAAGUUAUUCAGGUUGUUGCCCAAUUUAAUUGUCUUGAUGAAUACCUGAAAGUGGUGGAUUCUUAUGUGGAUAUUGUUCUUCAAAAUCAGAUGGAUAAUUAUCUGGAUGCCAUUUUGGAAGGUGUUUCAAAGCGAGCAUGCAAUAAAGAGAUUGAUGAAAGUGAACUGGGAAGCUUGCAAUCCAUUUUUUCAAAGCUUCUUGCUCAUUUUAAUAACUUAGAAGACAUAUUUGCUUUGAACCAUUUUGUUGAGAUCUUAGAUGUAAUGUACGGAAGCUCAAGGAACAUCAUCAAUAUGCAAAUUCUCAAUAUUGCAACAAGGAAUGGUUACAUUCAUGAUCCAGCAACCAUACAGUUACUUCUUGAAAUCUCUCAGUCUCUUCAUGAUGGUAUAGAUUUGUUUAACAUGAAGGAUAAUGAUAAUCAACAGCCAGCACGCCUAAUAUCUCGUUUUGUCCAAAUGGUUGAUUAUGGGAUAGAGAUGGAACACCAUUUAACAUUUCUAGUUGAAUGCCGUGGAGCUUUUAGUAACAUAGAGGAACUUAAGGAAACGCUUGUUCACUCCUGCAAUUGUUUAGCAAUUAAAGCUAUGAAAGAGGCCAAAAAACAUAUUAGUUUUGUCAAAUCCUGCAUAGCAUUCAGUGAAGUUACAAUACCUUCUAUUUCAGCUUGUCCUAAGCAGUUGAACCUUUAUCUGGAGACAGCAGAGGUUGCUCUGGUAUGUGGUUUAGUUUCUCAUUCAGAUGGACUUAUAGACUCAGCACUUGGAUGUUUACAAACCUUAGACCUGAUGGAUGGUUUUCAAAUACUGAUUGAUGUUGAUGGAAUUCUCUCCUUGAUACGAAAAUUGUGCAGCCUCUUGGUUAUGGUUCCAGGCAAUCCUGAGCAAGGAGCUGCCUUUAUCCCAAAGAGCAUAUUAUCCCUCGUUAGUUCCCAAUCAUGGAUAACACCAAAAAUGAGGGCAAGGAUAUUAUGUGCAAUUAUUUCAUUGUCAGCAACUUUAUCCCAAAAUAAGCUCCCAUAUAAUGUUGAUAAUAUAGAGAUUCUGGGCAAUGACCUAUUGUUCUUUGGUGAUUCAACCUAUUUGCAAGAUCUUGUUUCAUUGUCUGAGUUUGUUCUAGAGGAACUGUGCAAUGUCAUCCAACAAGAGCCUUCACAGGCUGCUCGGGGAAGCAUGGCGCUUGAAGCUUGCAACUGCAUUGCAUCAUCUUUCAAAGUAAGCCCGGAAAUAUCACCUAUCUGCUCCAAGCUGAUGGAAACUGCCCAGCUCUGUUUGAGCUCCAACAACAAGUAUCUGCAGUCAACCAUGAAACUUUUAGGCGAACGUUUGCCAUCAUUCCCGGCAGCUCCAUCAAUAAUCAUCAGAUAGGACAUAAAAUUGUGAUAUGUUAAGUUUCCCGUAUGAUUGGAAUGUGAAUAUAAUUAUAUUUCUUUUUUCUUUUUCUUUUUUUGGCUUCACUAUAGUAUAAAUUUCCUUCUAAAUGUUUCAA